AUGCUCGAGUCGGUCGGCGUGUGGCCUCUCCGCGGCGGCGGCACCGAGCGGCGCAUGCGACCGCGACCCACCGUGGCGGCCACCGCUUCCGAGACGACGGCGCUGCAGCUGUCUCCCGACGGCGAGGCCGUCGCAGUCGGCUACUCAGACGGCACUGUCCGGCUGUGGCCUGUUGCCGGACGUGAGCCUCUGCUCGAGGAGGAGCGGGUCGCCCUCUCCGGGCACCGCUCGGCGGUGCUCUGCCUCGCCUUCGCGCCCGACGGCUCGCAGCUCGCCUCGGGCGGCGCCGACACCCUCGUCGUCCUCUGGGAUGUCGUCGCCGAGGCUGGCGUCUGCAAGCUGCGCGGCCACCGAGGGCCCGUGACGGGCGUGGCGAUGAUCGCUUCGCUGGGCGCGCUCGCGUCGGUGUCCAAGGACGGGACGCUGCGGCUGUGGGACCUGCACACGCAGCACUGCGUCCAGACC